CAUCAUCCUAGAAAAACACAACAAUGGGAAACUCUUCAAAUAAAGCUCUUCCCAUCGAUACCACUUUUAAGCUUCCUGCAAAUUUACCACUCUGGCCACAAGGUGGUGGUGGUGGUGGUGGAUUUGCUACUGGAACUAUAACUAUAGGAGGUCUUAAAUUGGUUCAAAUUUCAACAUUCAACAAGGUUUGGACAACCUUAGAAGGUGGACCUAGUGAUGCAGGAGCUACUUUCUUUGAGCCAGCAGGAAUACCAGAAGGCUUCUUCAUCUUAGGUCACUAUGGCCAACCCAACAACAAGCCUCUUUUUGGAUCAGUUCUGGUGGCAAAAGAUGAGUCAUCUUCAGGUAACAAUGGAGCUUUGAAGAAACCAGUUGAUUACACACUGGUGUGGAGCAGCAAAUCCCAAAAGAUCAAGCAAGACAAAGAUGGCUAUGUUUGGCUACCAACAGCACCUGAUGGCUACAAGGCCUUAGGCCAUGUUGUCACCACCACACCUGAGAAGCCUUCACUCGACAAAAUCAGGUGUGUGAGGUCAGAUCUCACAGACCAGUGUGAGACAAACUCAUGGAUCUGGGGACCAGAAAAGAGCAAUGAAGGGAAAGGUUUCAGUGUUCAUGAAGUAAGGCCAAGCAAUAGAGGCAUUCAAGCUCCUGGUGUUGUUGUUGGAACCUUUUUUGCCCACAAUGGUGAAACUCCUUCCUCUCUCCCUAUUGCUUGUUUGAAGAACCCCAACAUGGACUUCUCCUCAAUGCCAAACUUACCCCAAAUCAAGGCACUACUCCAAGCCUACUCUCCUUUCAUGUAUUUGCAUCCUGAAGAAAAGUUCCAACCUGCUUCUGUUAGGUGGUAUUUCAGCAAUGGGGCGUUGCUUUUCAAGAAAGGGGAAGAGUCCAAACCUGUGGCAAUAGAUCCAACAGGCUCUAACCUUCCUCAGGGUGGCAACAAUGAUGGUGAGUAUUGGUUGGAUCUUCCUGCAGAAAAAGCCAACAAGGAGAGGGUCAAGAAGGGGGACUUCAAGAGUUUCCAAGCCUACGUCCAUGCAAAACCCAUGUUUGGUGGAACAUUCACUGACCUUGCCAUGUGGGUUUUCUACCCAUUCAAUGGUCCUGGAACAGCCAAAGUAGGGCUCAUAGAUAUCCCACUUGGGGUGAUAGGAGAACAUGUUGGGGACUGGGAGCAUGUGACACUAAGGGUAAGCAAUUUCAAUGGAGAACUAAGAAAGAUUUAUGUCUCACAACAUAGCAAUGGUCAAUGGGUUGAGGUCCCUCAGCUUGAGUUCCAAAGUGGAAACAAACCAGUGAUUUAUUCCUCCUUGAAUGGGCAUGCCAUUUAUGCAAAAGCAGGAGUUGUCAUGCAAGGUCUUGAUGGUAUUGGAUUAAAGAAUGAAUCUGAAAAGAGUGACAAGGUGGUUGACCUGGGAGUAGGGUUUGAAGUUGUUGCUGGUGAGUAUUUGGGGUCAGCAAUUGUAGAACCACCUUGGCUGAACUAUUUCAGGCAAUGGGGUCCAAAAAUUUCAUAUGACAUUGCAAAGGAGUUAGAUAAGUUGGAGGUGGUGUUCCCUGCUUUGGAUUCUCUUCAAAGGAGUUUGCCAAAUGAGUUAUUUGGAGAGGAAGGACCCACAGGACCUAAACUCAAGAGAAAUUGGAGUGGUGAUGAAGUUUGAGUUGAAUGAUAGUUGGUGGCAUUAUUCAGACCAUGCAAUUGAAAAAAGGAGCCUUUAUUUGGUUGGUUGGUUCUCUAUAUAGUACUGUUUAUUUUAGGGUUGUUACAUAUUAUAAAUGACUGAGAACAAAGUUGAUGCUUG